AUAACAAUUAUUAUAAAAUGCCACUCUCCUAGUCUCCUAACUGGAAGUCGGUAAUACGGCAUAUUAUUGUAUCAUUAAUCAUUCAUUAAGUAAAGGUCUAUUUAAAAUUCAGAUUUUAGAACUUUAAUUUUUUAGUUUAUCAAUCGAUUUUUAUAUAAAAUUAUAAAAGAUCAAGUGUUAUACAAUAUCUGCAUGUCAAUAUGCAGUCGUCUCAGACUGGUAUGGUUGGUCAACCAAGCUUUAAUGUAGGACCUGGUUUACAAUCGAAUAUGCAGACACAGGUUCCCGGUCAACACAAUGUAUUAGUACCACAAGUUCCUCUCAAUCAAAAUCCCGUAGGUGUUGGUUCCGUUUCUCAGCCACCAGUACCACCUUCCAGCCAAAAUCAGUCAGCAUCUGGUCAUCAAUUUAAUACGGCAUCUUUGUGUCGUUUUGGACAAGAAACAGUACAAGAGAUAGUGUCUCGAACACACGAAGUAUUCCAGAUACUUAAGGUUCUAAUGCCACCCAAUGGUACUCCAACUGGUGCUAAUAUGAGUAAUGAAAGACGUAUUAAAAUGCAAGAUCAAUUGAGGAACAUAAAAUUAUUAUUCAAAAGGUUAAGAAUUAUAUAUGAAAAAUGUAAUGACAGCUGUCAAUUACAAGGUAUGGAGUACAUGCAUAUAGAAGGACUAAUUCCACUCCAAGAAGAAUGGGAUAUGAAGUCCGAAGAAAGGAAAACUAGUGAAACUUACCGUGUUGCUAGCGAUGAAAUGAAAGAAGUAGCAGAACAAUUAAGUAAUAAGAAUAGACAUUUAAAAGAAAUAAUUGAUCAUCUUCGAAGAAUUAUAUGGGAAAUAAACACAAUGUUAGCAAUGAGGAGGUCUUAAUAUAGUUGAACCUGCUUAUUAGGAACAAGGAUUAUUGAUAUAAUUGUGCUAUUGAAACAACGCAUCAAUGAUUUGAAAUAAUUAGAUUCUAUGUUAGAGGUACAACAUAAUCUUAUCUUUUUUACAUCAUCACUUAACAAUACUAAAUUCCACUUGUCUAAUUAAUUUAGUUUAAUUUUACUAUUCUUUAUUUUAAGUAAUCUUUAUUGUAGCUACUAAGUACUAACCUACUAAACUCCUAACUGUUAUAUUUUUAGUUAAGCUUUAGUGUGCAUACGUUAAAAGGUGGUUAGUGUUUCGGCUUAGAGCAAUGCUAUUGUUAAAGCAUGGUUAUCAAGUUAUUUAACACAUCAAUAGAUACAUAUUUCAUAAAACAAAUAGUAUAAUUAAUUUUUCUAUAGUAGAUACAUUUUAAGUAAUAUAUUAUUAUACUAUUUUUUUUUUCGUAGUAAAUAAAAAUAAAAUUGCUUAUUAGAAAUAAUCGGUUAAUUGACACAUUUCAUAUUGGUCCAAAAAUGUUCCUCUUAAGCAGCUUAAUAUUAGUAUUAGUUUUUUUUAAGUGAAAAAUGAAUGUGUAUAUGAUAUUAAAGUAUGAAAAAAAUAAUUAUAAGUAUUGCAAUUUGAAAUGAUUAUAAUAAUAAACAUACAUUAUCUGGUCAAUUUUAUGAAUUACCAUGCAUUAUAUAGCCAUAUUAUAAAAUUGGAUAUGUGGAAUGGAAGACAAAACAAAUAAAAUUAUUCGUAUGGUGUAUAAAUAUCCACAUUGAUGAAAAGAAUGUUACAAAUUAUACAAUAAUAAUUUUAACUUAAUGGUUAUGUCACAUGAUUAGUUUGGCAUUGAUAAUACUUAUAAGUCAUAAUUAAAAUUGAAAAGCAGUGUGUAUUUUAAAUCUGUUCAAUUUUUAAUUUAGUUACUGGAUAAAUUUGUUAAAAAACAAUAAAACUAAUAAAAUUUCAAAAAAUAAUUUAUAAUUAUUGUAAUAUAUCAUUUAAGAGGAAUGCCACAACAUACAAUACAAAUUUACAAUAUUUUGUAUUCAUAAAGGUCUAUCAACAAUAUAUUAAUACUAUAAUGUCUUAUAAUUAAAUAUUGGCCUUUAGGCAAAUCAAUUAUUUAUAUGCUUAAUAAUGAACCCUGACAUAGGUUAAUACUUAGGUAAUUUAAAAGUUAAGAUUGUCUACAACAAACAAAAAUUUAAGAAAAUAAAAUAUACAUUUUCAUCCUAGUAUAUGUCAAAAGUUUUAACACUUUACAACAUUAUUAACUAUAUGAAAUGGUGUUUCCAUAAUUGAUUUAAGUAUAUAAUUUUUAUUCAAGGUGAAAUAAUUUGCUUGUAAAUUUUUUAAAUUGUAUUAUUAUAUUUUAAUGUGUUAAAUACACAUAACAUAUGUUUUACACGACAUAAAUGCUAAUAAGUGCUACUCAGUGCUAGUCACAAGAGACUAAUUUUUGUACUAAAAUAACAAAUAUGAGAUAAAACGACA